AUAACUUUAGAUUUUCGCUCCGACCAAAGUCAAAAAUUUUGGGAUAUAACCAAACAACUGCAUUCAAUGCAGCUUUGCCCUGAGAAAAAACACGAUUAUGUGUUUCUGAGAACUGUAAUGAACAAAUAUUUCUUUUUCAUUGGAAGGUUCACCUCCCAUACCCAUCAUGCAUAUAGAGAAAGAAUAAAAGUCACGAACUCAGGCUAUAAAUCAGUGGAUAUUAUGUGAAGGAAAUGCUUUUUACCAGACAAAAUAAGGUACCCAGUGUGAGCUCUUGUAACUUCAUGUAGCAUGAAGUUAAAAACGAUUCUCAACAUAACCCUUGGCAGUGGACAUUGACUAGCAUAUGACCCUCAUAUAUGUUCGCAUCAUUCCAGAAUGAACUAAUAACUUCCAUUGAUUCAGACCUCAUUCACUCAAGAAAUUUAGUUGGGCAACACUCACUCCAAAUUAUUAAAACUGUACUCAUAUCCAAAUCAAGAAAGUCCAUCCUGUAUAUUCCCCAAGAAAAAUUUUUUCUCGUUGAAAGGUUUAGGAUGAAAGGGGGUGUACAUAUCCAUUCAUCAGAAUAAGGGAGUGACAAAGCAGGGCAUGAUUCAAACAAUGGCAAAUGAACUUCUUGUGUGACAAGUCCCAUACCCGUCUUCCCACCUUUUGUGCAGUAUAAAAUUACACGCUUAAUGUGUUCUAUACAAGACGAAUUUUAUAUAACACGGCUCAUAGCCGGAAAAUAUCCAAAUCGUCCUGACUUCAGUCAUCUAAAGAUGGUAAGUAUGUAUGUACGCAUAUUGAAUGGUCUCGAUAAAGCCGAAAAAUUCAGUCAUUCGAAAUUUUUCAAGCUCUCAUUUCAGAAGUUACAUGUUUCACUCAUCGUCCUUUCUUUCUUCCACAUCCUUUUCGCUUCGGAUGCUUGGAAAGAAUCGCAAGAGAAUGGAAUCGAUUACACACUCGAUAAUACCGAAAACGAUUAUUUGGAAGAGUUUUCCGACAAUAAUCUUUUCGGUGAAAGGCAAUUGGACAAAUAUACGAAGUCCUCAAGAAAAAAUAGAAACGAGAUGCAACAAUUGGCACCAAAUGAGUUGAAAUCGAAGAAAACAGUUUUUUAUCAAUCAAGCCACAAUAUCAACCCUUGCUCAUGUGGGAUGGAGUAUAGACUUCUGGAUUUGGGACAUUUAUAUUUUCCCAGGCAAAUCCACUCAAUGAUUUGCAAAGAGGGCUCUUGUGGAAACCUGUACCGAUGUAUCGAAAGAUAUUACAAGGUCAGAGUUCUCAAAAAAAAUCCAACGGAAAAAAGUGGAAGGCUUUCUUCUAUCCUACCAGGAAAUUUGAGACAACACUGGACUCCGGAAAUCGUUGAUGUAGUUGUAGGAUGCGAAUGCAAACCAUAGAAAAUAUGAG